CGAGAGGGAGGGGCCGAGGCGAGCCUGUUAUCUCCUCGCCGCGCUUAUAACCUCUCGCGGCGUUUGAGGGAAGACUCCGCCCCUCCUGGGCACUUGGCCCCUCGCGCCCCCCUCCCUCGCCGCCGCCUUUCUCGGGAGGGAGUGACAUGGAGCCGGCCGAGCCAGGUCAGUGUGAAGGGGAGGCGGGCGGGCGGGCGGAGGGAAGGACCCCGCGCCCCCUCUGCCCUCCUCAAGCGCAUUCCUUCUCCUGCUGCCGCCCCCCCCCCUCAGGCCUCCCGUCGCCGCCUCAUUUCACCUCAGAGCCCCCCCCCCGGUCUUUUCUGCCCCUUUUCCUUUGUGCUUGCCUCUCCCCCCCCCCCUCCAGCCCCCCGUCUUCAGAGGGGCCGGGGUCUGUCGGCCAUCUUCUCUCCCCAGCCCCGUGUAAAGGGAGCGGAGGAGGCGGGGGCGGGGCUGCUGACCUCUGUCAGGGCUGGGCCACUUCAGGUUGCGCGGGGGGGGGGGAGUCAAAGAAUGGGGUGGGGUUAAUCUUUUUUACUGCGCCUCUGGGCGCUUGAUGUGGGGGAAUAGGAGAGGCCUUGUUUUCGUGGGGUGGGGAGGUUCAUCUCCGUCAUGACUGUGCGGAUUCAGGUUGUGGGGGGGGCGGGGUUGGUUGUGGCAGCGAUUGCGGGGGGGGGUGUUCCCUCAGUGAACAUUCCGCCCUACUUAAAAACAAAUAUCUUCUACUCACCGAAGGCUAUCGUUCUGGAGAGAAACACACGCCCUCUGGUCCUCCUCCGGCUUUGUGUACACUAUAUAAACUACUUUUCCAUUUGUGCAGGUGUGCUGUAAGGGGGGGUGGGGCUGCCAUGUCACACUCCUGGUUUUCUAUGUGUAGGGAGUUGUUUUUAAAGAAAGCUAGUGUGUCAAGAAACUUGUCUUAGCUGUGACACACUAGUUAUCUGUGCGCAGGGAGUUAACUGAAUGCUGCUUCAUAUAUUUUUUUAAUGUCAGUCUGCACACACACAGCCCUGACACAGGUUUGAGAUGCAUCCUCUUUCAAGUGAGAAGUAGGCCAUAUUAUUUGGUAUAAACGUGAUAGGAUUUUUGUGUUACGCCUUUGAGAAAAUGAAACAAAAUUGUCCUCUGUGCCUCAUGUAACAGUUUUCAUGCUCUCUAUGUUGUGUUUAAUUUUUUUCUAUUAUUUUUUGCACUCCUUGCUGUUCAGCCAGAAGAGCCUGGUUGUUUUUGUGGCUUGACAGGUGCAGAUCAGUAUGUAAAAGGAGCAACAGGGCAGACCAGCUCCUAAAUUUCCCUGCUGCUUUUAAUUUUCCCCGCAUAUUUGCAUUCCUCUGUCCCCCGGUAAAAGCUGUCAGCUGAUGGCAGGAGAUGGGUAUGCUCAAACAGCAUAGAAAAUGCAAGUAAUGUUAAGAUUGAGUUGGGGGAUGAUGCUCUUUACUGAAAAGUAUUUCAUGUUAAGAGCAAAAGCCUCCACCAGCAAAAUGGCCUCGCCAGACAAUGAGUCCAGCUUGCAAAAUGGCCAGGAACUUUCCCCUUGGAUUCAGUGCAUGUCAGCAUACUAAGACGAAUGGUGAUUUUUUUUUUAAGGGCUUGGGUUACUAAAGCUUGAAAACUGUUAGGCCAGUUAUGAAUAGUAGCAAUGCUAGUAGAUAUGGGCAUAGCCCUUCAUUUUUCAGAAUGCCACAGUUUACUAGCAUGAGGAAUCUAUGCAGCUCAAACCUUCAAAGAGAAAGAUAUUUUGUUUAUGUUUCUUCAAAUAACUUUUUAAAAAGAAGGUAUACCUUGUGCCUUAACCCUUACAUUCCCCCCCCCCAAAUUGCUUGAGGCUACUCAAAUAUGAUGAAUAAUAUGAAGCAUGUUAAUGGGAACAAUAUUUUAUAGAAGUAUGAUCAGACUUGUAUGGCUACUUUUGUAAAGAAAAUUAAGCAUAUAUGCCCAUUAUGAAGCAUGUCAACAGCAUUUAAAGCUAUAAUAAAAAUAUUUGUUAUGUAAUAAAAAAUCACUUAGUCAUAACUAAGUUCUGCAAACUCUUAAUUUAGUCCCCAGUAGUAUAAAGCCUCUUUGAAACUGAUUCUGGUAUUUAUACAAUCAGGGAAUAGUAAAAUGGCAUUGUAGCAAUGAAGUACAUUGUUAUUGGUGUUCAACCCACCCAAAUCAAAGGGCUUAAAUAGAGCACAAUUCCUGUAUGUUUCUUUAGAAGUAAAUCUCACUGUGUUCAGUGGGUCUUGCUUGUAGGUGCGUUGUAUUUAGGAUUGCAGCCUAAGCAUGCUGACCUUUGAAUUGUGACUGAUUGAAUAAUACUGUAUUCCUGUUUCAGGGGAAAAUCCCCUCAGUUAAAUCACAGUGGAGCUUUUUUAUUCAUCCAGAUGUUGCUGCUUCCAAAUGUAGCUAUAGAAUAAUUAGAAUGGAGGGUUGAGAGAGGAUUGGAAGACAGAAUACAUUUAAUCUAUUACACACUAUCUAAAGAUUAGUGGCAGUAAAUUGUGCAAAGCCACUCUAAAUUGUUCUGUUUGUUCCUUAGAAUUGUAAUCAGUACAACUUGAGUAAAUUAUUUGAAUAACGUAUCUACAAUAGAAGAUGUAAAAACAUUUUUGAUGUUUAAAGCUGCACUCCUAAGCUUGCAUGUUGAGAAUGCAUUCAAACAUAACACAAAACCACAGUUCAGUGCUAUGGGAAUGAGCACAAGUUAUUUGCAGGGAACAGAAUGGUUCCUCAUUUCAUCCAAACUGAGAAGAAGAGUGGUCAUUAAUAGUGGUCGCUAACAGUGGUUACUGCUGAUGGCGGGAUGGGGUGGAAACAGAGCACAUUUUAAAAGUUAACUUGUUUUCCUAAACUAUAGGUAAUACUAAAUACAGCUUUUCCGGUUUUGAAUACAACUACAGUUGACAACUGAAGCAAAAGCUUUCAGUGUCUUCCUCCAGACCACAAUGAAGGAGUGCAUGGGUUCUGAGGCUUGUGCACAUAGUGUAUUGUGUGUGAACCAGGCCCUUGAAAUUAAUGGAGCUUACAAACAAUUCUUGGGGAGGAAAUGCAGUAUAAAUACUUAAGUAGGAAAAGCACAUCUCAUGCAUUAUUCCAAUCAGUUUGCAGAUUUAUGUGCCCGACAAAUUGUACUGUACGCAUGUUUUCUCACUUAGAACUCCACCCUUAUAGUUUUCAUCCUAUUUUUGUUACCUGGUUAACAGUGUGUGAAAUUAACCAGGGCAAUUUUGCACGUGGCUGUCGGCCACUUGCAACCAAGUGAAGAUGCCUGGGCGCCAGGAUGGCACCUGACAUCUCCAACAUCUAGAGGUGCAUGCCUGGGGAUCAUUGGAUCUUGAAUGUUUUCACACACCGAUACCACACCCUGUAGAAUUCUAUCAGUUCUAUUUUUUCUGUACAAUCAGAAUGAAUUUCAGGAACCAAAAUGCUUUUUCUGUGCAGGAGUAGUGAAAUUGUUGUCGCUUGUCUUCACUUACCCCACCCCACUGCCCUGCUCACAGUUGUGAAGAAUAUUAUUACAUUAUGAAUAAGAAAAAGAGGUAGGAAUAGGCCAAUAUAUGGACUGUCCCUGGAUAAAGUGACUUCUUUAAGUUCUCAAAGUUCUUUACCUAGCUCAGGGUUGUCAUCUGAACUAUAUAGAUGUUUAACUGAGAAUCAGUCACAGCCAUUCAAUCAUUUGAAAAAUAAGACUUUAGAGCCAUCUUACCCAAAAAUGGCAACUAGACAUUCCGUUUUGGUGACUGUAACGUUGACUUAAGGAUCCAUUUAGCACCUAGCUUAUAUAUGUGAGUUUCUAACAGUGCUGGUUAAUAUGCAUUCCUGUUCAGUCUAGAUCUAUUGUGCUUACCUAGGAGUAAAUGUGAAUAGAAUUAUAGCUGUAGUUUUUUAUCAUAUAUACCUGUCUUCUUUUGCCAAGAAGUCAUUGUCAAUAGUUACUUCCCUUCUUCUGUUGUUCCAUAUCUGUGCUAUUAUCGCUUAUAUAUAUUAUAACAACAUAUUAUAUUAAUCAUCAGUAUGAUUUGUCUUUCAGAGCGCCUUUUCCAGCACUUAAUUGAACCACUGAAUGACAGAACAGACAAGAAGUUCUACAAUGUUGCUAAACUGGGAGGCACCAAAUACGGUAACACUUAAUUGUCUUUUUGUUAAUAUGGCUUCAUUAAUAAUGUGAUACCUGCAAUAUUGUAUUACAUAAGAUUUUUAAAUGCUGAUUUUCUAUAGGUUGGUAUGCACUUCUGGUUUUUUUCAGAACUGUUUGAAAUAUAUCGCUUAAUAUAAGACACUAUUACAUGCUGAUCACACUGCCAUGGAGAUGAUUACAUCUAAUGCAUAAAUAGCACAGUCCUAAACCUGCCUGCUCAGAAGCAAGCAGUAUUGAAUCCAGUGGAGUUUACUCCCUUGUGGGGUUAGGAUUGGGCCUUGCUCCACGUAUUUGUAAUCUAGACUAGCUAUUUUCAGGAAUUUAUUUCCAUGUUUUACACUUCUAACAAACUGAGACGAGGCCAAAUUCUGUUAUCCAGUAUAACAUGAAGCUCAAUACUAUGUAGAGUUCAGAAUUCUUAUGUCCACUGAUUUCAAAGUGUUCAAACUCAUCUAACUCAUUAUUGGAUUUCAGCCUUAAUGGACAAGAGCUAUCACUGAGUUAGUUGAAAAUCACAUAAAUCAGAGCAAUCUCUUUGAAGUUCCUCACAGCUCUGUUAGAAUACAACUUAGUUAUGGCACGAAGAUAGUUAACUUUCCUGCAAGUGGGGUAGGGAAAAGCAACAUUUUUGUAUGCAUUGUUUGGUUUCCAUUGAUGGGCUGCUGGCACGUACAAGGCCAAUAGCCAUGACUCCCAAGCCCCCCCCGCCCCAUUCAUUUUUGCAAAAUUUUAUUAAAAUUAGCACUCACUGGGUAAUAUCUCAAAUCCUUUCCUUUAACUGUCAUUUUCUGAAACAAGAACAAUUGAUCAGAAUUUGGCUGUAAUCCUAAACAAACCUAAUAGGAAUUAAGUCCAUGAAACAUAUUGGGACUUACCUCUGAGUAAACAUGCUUGGGGUUCCACAGUUAGUUACCUUAUUGCAUAUUGCUAAAAUUCUAGAUGGAUGUCAUAGCUUCCAUGGUAACUGCAGUUGGGACACGUAACUCAAGCAGAGUUUAAGUGAAGUUUACAAAACAAAAGUGUUUCACCUGAAGUGCUUCAGUAAUAUGUAUUAUUUGAUCCGCCUCGGUUCCAGUGGUGUGCAGCGAAAUUUUUCCUAGGGGAACAGUUAAGGCCAGAGGCACCAGCUUGCAAGGGUGAUGUGGAGCAGGUUGUCACGCGUGUGAGCAUCGCACCUCCCUCCGUAAGCCAGGCAGAAGCUUCCUGGGAUUCGGGAAGGAGGCGCCAGGCUUUAAUACUGUACAGUACUGUAAUACUCCAAUUUACUGGGAACAUUUAGGGGACUAGCCUAGUCCCCCUAGUCCACUGACUACACACCACUGCUUGGUUCAUAGGUUUUAUUUGUUACAUAACAUAGUAAGAAACAAAACCUAUGAGCCAAGGUGGAUCAGAUAGACAUAUUACUGAAGCAGUUCUUAUACUGUAAACCACCCUGUGAUCCUCGGGUGAAGGGCAGUACAGUGGUACCUCGGGUUGCAGACACUUCAGGUUACGUGUUUUCGGGUUGAGCACCGUGCCGGAAGUACCAGAACGGGUUACUUCCGGGUUUCGGCGCUCACACAGAAGCACUAAAUCGCGCUUUGCGGGUUGCGAAUGUGCCUCCUACGAAUGUGCCUCCCGCACGGAUCACAUUUGCAACCCGAGAUUCCACUGUAUAGAAAAUUAAUAAAGAAAUAAAUACGAAAUAUUUAUAAAAAAUUACUUUUAACCACUCUUCUUACUAGGCCUCUAGUAUCUCUUAUUUACUUUAAACAAAUAUUAAACAGUGCAGUGCUUUCUUUGAUGUACCUUUGCAGAGCUCUAAAAUUGCCUUAGUUUUAUAGAGCCAUCCUAUGUAUGUUUACUCAGAAGUAAGUCUUGCUGAGUUCAUUGGCAUUUACUGCAGAAUACGUAUUCCCAGAGUUUUAUCACUUUGUUCAGCCUGGCUGUCGCAAGCCUGCAACUGUUAUCUUGUGUAAAACAUGGACGCAAACAGUUUCUGCUGUUUAUAGCCUUUGAAAAGCAGAUUUAUGAACAUAUCAAGCUGCCUUACCAUGGGCUCUUCUAGGUCAGUAUUGGCUACCAGAAGACAACCAGGAUCAAGAGAGCAUAGUCCAUCACCAGGAAUUCAGACUAGGCAGACUCUUGAAAAAAAUAGGGUUAGGAAUAAGCAAGGUGCCCAGGGGAGGGUUUGUCUCCAAUGUCCCCCCCCCUCCUUCACAGGAACAGCUGUGGGGAAAAGAGACAGGGAAGUUAGGCAAGACACGGAACAGUGCAAGAGCCAAACUGAAGCUAGGUGACAGAGACCCAGCAGCCCAGCACUGGGUUUCUAAGCAACUGGCCAAACGCCUGCUGUCACCUUUCAGGAGGUUCCCUGUUAUGUGUCAAAACAGGCAAUUAGGUUGCAGUCUGGCUAGUCUACCAGACACCGGGGUGCUGUCCUCGAGUGUUGAUUGUUGCUGGUUGCUGCUGCUCAAGGCACAUGAGAACCCUGAUUAUUGAGCAAGGAAACUUGUAAGAGCAAUAAAAAGAGGCCAUGUUCAGGAUUCUGACCAAUUUUUUUACAUGAGCUCAAUAUAUGAGCUCAACAGCACUCGCCUUACUUGUGUUCCCCAGCACCUGAUGUACUGAGGUUGGCUGUUUCCUGCUUGGUGCCCAUCACUACAUUACGUGGCAGUGAAUUCCAUUUUACUGUGUACUGUGUGAAGUUCUUCACAUCUUUUUCUGUCCUGAAUGUCCCACCAUCAUAGGAACCGACUCCUAGGGGCCGAGGACCCUUUGUCCCCCCACAAAAUAUUUGAGGGAGCUGCCUCCCAAAGUUAAUGGGCAUUGCUAUUCAAAUGGGGGUGGGUGCUGUGUCUUGUGAUAGAUUAUGUGGGGUGGAGCUUACCUGGAAACCCCCCCCCCAAUAUUUUAUUCAAGUUGGCACCCCUGCCCACCAUUCAGCUUCAUUGGAUGACCUCUAGAUUUAGUAUUAUAAGGGAGGGGGACUUCUCUAUCUGCUUUCUCUUUGGUAAUUAAUGUAAAAAAUAUACUAAUUGCUCAAAUUACUUGUUUUUCAUGUUUAUCCUGCCUUCUGUUAUGGAACUCACUACAUGUGCAUAGGGUUUCCAACCAGUUGCCCGCCAGGCAUGGACCAGGCCUGUUUUGCUUCAGUCAGGUUGUUGCAUCACAUGCCUUUAAUAAUAAUAAUAAUAAUAAUAAUAAUAAUAAUAAUUUAUUUAUAUCCCGCCCAUCCAGCCACUCUGGGUGGCUCCCAACAGAAUAUUAAAAACACAAUAAAACAUCAAUGCCAAAUCUUGCAUUUGACUCCUUUUGUUCUGAUGCAUUCUGAGGUUUUGCUAUAUAAAUAUUGAAAGUUGAGUGUUGCUUGUGGGCAAACUGUAUGUAGAUACUGAUCAGGUUGAAAAUAAUUAUUAAAGUCUUUGGGAUUCAGUUUAAAAAGUCUUGCAUAGAGUCCAUGUUCUUAAUUAAAUGGAGGAAAUUGCAAAAAGGACAAAAUUUUGGCAGUUUGAAUCUAAAACACAUUUGCCGAUUCAUGGUUAGCCUUCGGAUGAAUCACCUAAUGAGAGUGAAAUCAUGCUGCCUGCCUUGUAAAGCCCAACUAAUUUGAAUGAAGCUAGUGAGCCCUGCAGCAGCACUUUGUGCUCUCUGGAGCUGAAAAAAUAGUAUGCGGACCUGUUAAACUUGCUAGUUAGUGCUGUGUCAGUCUACUUUAUUGCAACUUUACAUUGUGAAUUAUUUUUAAAUGGGGUAACCGCUAUCUCCUGAGGUGGUUGCUGUAAAAUCCUCACAAUGCCCUUUGUGAACACAUGCCCCAGAAUCAUAAAGACCCAGGAAGCUGCCUUAUACACCAUCAAACUAUUGGGCCGUCCAGCUCAGCAUUGUCUUCACUGACUGGCAGUAGAUCUGUAGGAAUGCCAGGGAUUGAACCUCUUGAGUACAAAGCGUGUGCUUUACCCCCUGAUUUCUGCUGUGUGAAAGAGUUCAUGAGCAAGUGCACCCGGAUUCCAGCAGGCAAGUCAGUGCAUGAAGUAUUCCCUGAAGGUGGAAAAUAGACAUAGCUGUGCUGCUCGGCAUCUAAAAUAUUGGUCACUCCGAGGGAAAUAUCUUAACAUUUCCCCCAUUGCUUUUAAUCUGCCUAGAUUUUCAAUCCGAGCCCUUCUUAGUCUCAUUAUCAUUUUUUCUCUCUCCUCACCCUACCCUGACACUAAUACUUUUAUGAAAUCUUUUUAUUGCCACAUGCUGGACUUAACAUCAUGGAUUUGAAGCAGUAAAAUUUUACCGGCCACGUGAGACCAAGUCCCUUGGUUUAGCCGUAUCCGUCAGAGGAACAAUUCUCUGUACUAAUCUUUGCCUUCUCAAGAUGUCAGUUAAUGUUCUUGCCACAACAAUAAGCCCAGAAGCACAAUAUCAAGAAGAUCUGUCUUACAACUAAGCAGCAUCAUUUGCUGGCUUAUCUUUGUCAAUAAAGAAAACUUCCGUGUUACCUAGCAUUUAUUAGCCUUUUGUUGUGACACUCAAGGGUAGUGAGACCCUGUUGAGCUAGUUCAGCCUUCCCCAACUGGAGCCCUUUUAUCUCAAAGACUAGCAAAUGAAAUUGACAGACUAACCACCACUUCCAGAAUUCCAUCUAGCUCUGGACAGCCUGAAAUAUACGAGUUUAGUUUAAUUUACUUUCACCAAUUGGCGACCAUAUACCAGUUUAUGCAUGUUGUUAAUCAAUAAUAAAAGUGCGAUGUUGGGUUCUAGCUCACUUACAUGGGGGAUUGGUGCAAAUAAGUAUCCUAUUUUGAUUUGUUUAAUUUUCCUACCAAGAAUAGUUUGCACUCAGCUGUAGUGCUAUUUUGAUAAAGCUAUCAACAUCAUUUUAAAGGCUCUGUUUAGAGAUGUGAAGGCCCAGAAGGGAGGGGAAAAACACAUUUGGGGAGUAGCCUAUACACAAGUGAAUCCGUCCCAAACUUGACCAAUUCCGUUACUUUACUUUGUUCAGAUAUCCUGCCUUACUCCAUACGGGUACUGUUGGAAGCUGCUGUCCGCAACUGUGAUGGCUUCCUAGUGAAAAAAGAAGAUGCUAUGAACAUUUUGGACUGGAAAGAAAAACAGAACAAUGUUGAAGUGCCCUUCUGUCCUGCCAGAGUCCUUCUCCAAGACUUUACGUAAGACACAUUUUCCUCAUUAUAUAUUUUAGCUGGGUCUAAUGCGUUCUUCAAGCACUGCAGGCUUUAUCUAAAUGUUCAGGGUGGAACUUACACAGUAUUUAGAGAGUCAGAAGUUCAGAUAUCAUGUAGGUUUAUACUGGCAACAGAUCUACAUAAUGAAUGUCUCUUUAGGAAAAGUGAUUGAAAUAAUGGGGUAUCAUUUCACUGACGACUCUGCUUUGUGUAUGUCUCAAGAUACUUACAUAUGCGGCAGGGACUUUUGGACAUCUCUGCUUCAGUUCCCAUCUCACACUAAUGACUUUACUGUUUCUUCACAAUUGGGACAUUCUUCCAGAUACAUAAAUAUGGGCUGCUCCCUUAUAUCAAGUCAGGCCAUUAGUCUGUCAAGCUCAGUAGGCAUGGGGAAUAGGAUCCAGCCAGUGGCUCCACUUCACAGUUCCCUGUCAAGAACUCUGGAGUAUAAUUGAUCCCAAUAGGGUUUGCAUUUGGCUCCAAAUUUUAAAAGGUGCCUUGCUUCCUUAAGGUAUGAUCAGAAGUACACUUUGACCUUUUUGCAGCUACAUCUUUACCUGCCCUACACCUGGAACAGGGCAUGGCAUGGGGGGAAAACCCUCAUGGGUCAAAUUGGGACUCUGGCUAGGUCUCAUUAGGCCGUGGGACGGAGGUUCCCCAUGCUUGGUCUACAUGAACUGACAGCUGCUUUCCAGACAAGGGUCUUUCCCAGCCUUACCCAGAGGUUCCAAGGCUUGAAUUGGGACUUCCUGCAUAUAAAGGAUGUGCUACUGUCCCUUGCCUAAGCAUUUUAUUUGUUGUGUGUUGACAGUAUUAUUCCUGUUAGUUGGAUUUGUGUCCUGAUCACUUUGCAUCUAAAUCAAGGUGGCUUGCGACCAAUUUUUUAAAAAAUGUAAAUCUUCAAAGUGCAGCAGCAAACAGUAGCAGUUAAUUCUUACUCCUUUAAUCUGGUCUCUGUCUCAGACAUGAAUUCUGUGUAAUGCAAAACACAGUUGGCAUAUAAUUAAUUGUGCUUUUAAUCAUUUGCAUGUCUAGUUAGCAAAUUGGUUAUAGCAGCAUGGACAUAGCAGGAAGAAUUUGAAUAUGUUGCUGUAAGUACUUGAAAACCAUGGGAAGAAAUUUAGGUCUUCAAAAACAUGUCCAUAGGUGGGCCUGUGUCAAGCAUGAGCAUGUUAAUGGUAAAGGCUGGAUCAAUACUGGCAGGGAUUACGGUGUGCUUCAGAAUCCCGUGUAAAAAAAUAAACUCCAUCAAGAGGUAGACCCAAUGUUCUCAGCUCUGUCAGAGCAACAAGAUGGUAUGCACUCGAUCUGUUUAUACUGUACUAAAUGCAGGGAGUAGGUGUGCCCAUUGCCUUCUAGUGUACCCAGACCAAAUCAGACUGGACUUGAGGAGGAGGUUUAGAUAACUUCAUGUAGCAAGUGGCUCAGUAUUAAGGAUGGUGUUUGAUGCAAGCAAUUUGCCGGGGAUUUGCCUCUUGUUGACAGUUUUGUCUUGAAAUUGCUGGCAACAUUGUCGUCUGGCUGGCCAGUGCUGAGAAUUAAGGUGAUACAGAGGUCUCAUUAGACUCCGAUGUGCACCUUAACAUACAACCAAACAACCAUCCAAAGUGAUUUAGAGGAGUAGAAACAAACCAGGCUCACAUACUUCUAUUUUCGUUCUUGUGCACUUUCUGCUUAGUGCAAAGCAGAGUUAUGACAUCUGUUUGUGUAUGCGCUCCAGAACUGGAGGUUUGAUUGGGUUUCCAGUUUUGAUUUGAAAGCAGACACAAGCAAUAAUUGCUGAUACAGAUGUUAUGACUAACAGGAAACUGAGAGUUGAAAUAGCACGUGAAGAGGGUAAGAUGCAGUGUGCAAGUCUGUGGUUUGUUUCUACAGUGGUGCCCCGCAAGAUGAAUGCCUCGCAAGACGAGAAACCCGCUAGACGAAAGGGUUUUCCGUUUUUCGAUGCGCUUCGCAAGACGAAUUUCCCUAUGGGCUUGCUUCGCAAGACGAAAACGUCUUGCGAGUCUUGCGAUUUUUUUCGCUUUCCCCCCCUUUUUCUAAGCCGCUAAUAGCCUUUUAGCCGCUAAGCCGCUAAGCCUUUAAUAGCCGCUAAACCGCUAAUAGCGCUAAUCCGCUAAUAGGGUUGCUUCGCAAGACGAAGAAACCGCUAGACGAAGAGACUCACGGAACGGAUUAUUUUCGUCUUGCGAGGCACCACUGUAUUUCUCCAAACUAUGUCUCAUUCAGUGCAAGGAUAUUCUGUAGCAUAAAAUAAAAGUUUUCCUGAGUGUUUCUGAGCUAUCAUGUGGGACCUACUAAGGCUGUGUUAACCAGUAUGGGGCCCAUGCCAUUGGCUCUAAAGGAUCUUUAUUCUGUAUGCCAGCUAAAUAUUUUUUACAUUGGUCAUUUUCAUUUUCAUUAGUGGAAUUCCUGCAAUAGUGGAUUUUGCCGCCAUGAGGGAAGCUGUGAAAAAUCUUGGAGGGGAUCCUACAAAAGUUCAUCCUGCCUGCCCAACAGAUCUCACUGUGGACCAUUCUUUGCAGAUUGACUUCAGUAAAUGGUAUUUAUUGUACAACUGUUUUGUUUUUAUUCUACUUUUUGAGUAGCAGUUAUAGUGUAAUGUGGGUCGCUUCAUGUAUGUGAAAUUCCUACUCUCUGCUCCCAGUCAAGCCCCUCUAACCACUACACCACACUGACUCUCUUGUAUUGAGGGCUGCAUACUGGAAGUAAGCAGAGCCAGAGCCAAAAGUGGAUGGGCAACCCCUUUUCCACUCCUUUUCUGCUACCCUUCCCCCCCUCCACCCCCCCUCCUUCUCAUCCUCGUGAAAUUAGAUGAAGCGCCAUAGUUGCCCACCCCUGCUCCAGCUGCCAGUUCUGCGAGACACAGAGGCAUGGUGGAUGUCUCCUAGCUGAAAUUGCCUGCCUGCUGAAGUUUACCAAACCAUUAGCAUCUCUCAUCUCUUGAGAGAUAAAACAUGGUCUCACUAUUCUAGUGUUGCUUUGUUUGGGGUUUUUAAUGUAUAUAUUUUACAUUUAGUUUAUAUUUAGUAAUUCAAAGGAUUUUGAUAAACUAAAGCCGGUUGAUUUUCUCUGUUUCUUUUUAAAGUGCAAUACAGAACACUCCCAAUCCUGGAGGUGGUGAUCCACAGAGGCCACCACCAAAACUUUCUCCACUUAAAGCUCCUCGGAAGCUACCGUGCAGGGGCCAGUCCAGCUGCAGAGGGCCAUGUGAUGCAGAGUCUGGUCGUAACUCGGGGCCACUUUCUGUGCAGAUUGAGAACACGCCUCCGCUGUGUCCUUUUCAUCUUCAACCAGUGCCUGAGUAACUUUUUUUUCUCCAAUUCUCCUUUUUUCAGUUUGCUUUCUUUGUGCAGAUGAGCAUCCAUGCCAUUGCUAGGGCUUUCUUCCAAUUCCUCUAUAACAGUACAUCCCUCAAGUUUAACAUGUUAAGUAUCAGGCACUGAUUUAUCUAACACUAAACACUGCCAUACUUUAAGUUGUAACUUAUUGGCAAUCAAAAACUGGCAGGUGGCUGCCUAUAACAGUUCAGGCCUUGCUUCUUUUGCCACAGUGAAUGCUUGACAAGGCAAUAAUGUUUUUAUUCUAAAGGCCACUUCCUUUUUUUAAUUUCUUUUUAAAAACAAAACAUGUGAUACAUCUUUCUCCUUUUUUAAACAAUACACAUCUACGUGGAGAAAAUUCUUAGUUCACUUUGUAAGUUGGAAAGUAUUGUUUUUUAUUUAUCUCAGAUCAGUCCAUACGGUGCCAUGGAUGGUGGAAUUCUGCAACCACAUUGUCUACUAGCCUAUUGAAUGUUAUUUAUUUAUAUUUAUAAUUAUUACACUUUUAUGCUGCCCUUCAUCCAACGACCCCAGGGUGGUUCACAGCAGCACAACAGUGUACCAUCAAGCUACAAAGUUAUCCUCAUAUUUAGACAUUCUUGGGUUUGUUCCAGGGGUGCCCAAACUUUUUUCAAAGGGGGCCAGAUUAAAUCGACCAGCGGGUCAGCCAGAUUAGGCCCCUAAAACAGACUUUGGACAUGCCUGGUUUAAUCUGCUUUUCUGCUAAGGCAUUUUGCCAGAUGUAAGAAUUGUAAGGGCUGCUUCCAAAGUGCAGAUACUUAUUUUUAAUUUUGAUGAAUUACACUUUAGCCCACCUUUCCCACCAAGGAGCUUAGGAUGGUGUAUGCAGUUCUCUUCCCUGCCAUUUUACCCUCACAAUAACCCUGUGAGGUAGGUUAGGCUGAGAGACUGUGACUGGCCUAAGGUCGCCCUGUGACUUUCACUGCUGAGUGAGGAUUUGAACCCUGGUCUCCCAGGUCCUAGACCAACACUCUUAACUGCUGCACCACACUGGCUCUAGCUGAGUUUCUAUAUGUGUAUAUUCUCAGUGGAAAACUUUCAUGAAGGCCUGGUUCACAUAGAAUGGUAAGACAGACUAUUGUUUACUAUGAACAAGAAAGUGUGCUGGUACAUGCUUCUCAAAUCAUGCUGUUCUUCCAUUCCCUGGCCGGGAGGAAAUGAACCAGAGGACUGACUUAUCAUUUACAUGUGAUCCAGCAAUCAUUGUUUAUUUUUUUUCAAACCACGAGAGGAAGCCAGAUUUGGUCUAUCCAUUUAACAUUCUUCUGAAAGACGUGAUGAUUGGCCACAUGCAGUAAAAUUCAGUCUCUGCCAGGGAUUAAGCAAAGCAUAAUAUAGGAGGACAAUUGUUGGACAGGCAUAGUAGAAAUACCUCCAGAUAUAUUUCUUAAUGCCUGACUUGUCACCUUACUGGUUUUCUAAUUUGCAGUAACAAGAUAUGAAGAUAAGCGGUUUUCUUAUCAUGCAUAACAUGACUCUUACUUGCUUCUUGCUCGAGGUUACUUACCUCUAAGAACAGUAGCUAGAAAGCACAUCUUCCCUUUAUGGCAGCAUCAUUCUAAUAGCAAGGUUAUUUUUUAACCUUUCUAAAGCCAGCUUGCCCCAUGCGAUCUGAAGCAGUGCUUAUUGCCACAUGAUAGACACUCACUGCAUGCUUUACAAGAGACCUUGCCUUGUUUAAAAAAGAGGGAAUGUGGAGGAGGCAUGUGCCAUUUCAUGUGGAGUUAAAAUGCCUCUCCUAACCAGUUCCAGACUUUCAGUUUUCAACUGUAAGUGAAAUAUUAGGAGAGAAAACAGUAAUGUUUAUAUGGGUUUGAUUUUUUCCCCCCUGUAGGCCGGAAACAGUGUUAAAAAACCAGGAGAUGGAAUUUGGUAGAAAUAGAGAGAGACUUCAGUUUUUCAAGGUACGUUGGUUUGAAGAACCUUAUGGCAGAACCGCACAAAGUGGUCUGGUGGAGAUCUGCUUGGGUCUGUUCUGCAAUCAGUUUUGAACCUUCCCCCUUUCUUUCAGAAUAUUUAACUAAGAGAACAAAAGGAGGCUUCUGGUAUUGAACAUGAAAUGGCAUACUCAUUCUCGAAUUAACUCCUGUUUAUGAUUGACAUACUUCAGGAAAGGUAUAAUGGAGAGACAGAUCAUGGCUAGAACAGCAGAGUUUUUAACCUGUGCAGGAAGCUCUAAUUUUUCUCUGUGAAGGGGCACAUUAUCUUAUGAAUUGUGAUAGCUAUGUAGGUUCUCUCCUAUGCUAAUACUUGCUGAGACACUCUUAUUUUCAGCAGUUUGCCUUUCUUUACCCAGUAGAUAUGGGAUGCGUUGGUUAAAAAAUAAUAAAUCCUGAUGUACCUUUUCUCAUUUACAGUUGCCAUUGCUAAAGCUUGCUUGGUUCAGAGAGUGGGAAGAUCACUUAUCUUAAUUCCCCACCCCUUUUAUCUCUCUCUAGUGGGGUUCCAAAGUUUUCAGGAAUGUCUCAGUAAUUCCUCCUGGAACAGGAAUGGCCCACCAAGUGAACCUCGAGUACUUGUCAAGAGUAGUAUUUGAUGUUAAAGACUUCCUCUAUCCAGACAGCGUUGUUGGCACUGAUUCCCAUACAACAAUGGUGAACGGCUUGGGAAUCUUGGGAUGGGGUAAGAUGAGUUGGCAGUUCACAGUGUUCUUCCUUGUUACAUCUCUAGUUUUCAAUUUCUUUCUCUUAAUUUUAAUUUCCUCCAUAACAUUUUCUAUUGUGAUAGUUGGGUGGAGAGGGGGAAGUUGCAAGUGUGAGAAAAUAUAAAGAUGCUCUAUUAAUAUUUUUUUAUUAUUAUUUAUUUGUGUGCUUAAAAACACACUUCACUAAUUCAGUCUUGAGAUUAAACAGACCCCCAAUGAAUUUUUUAAAAGACUACUUUAAUAAUUAAAAAAUAAGACUCACUGUUUAAAAUAUUAGGCUUUGGCUGUACCUGACUCCUCACCUACUGUAACAUCCGUGUUCCUGUAAGAGUGAGGAGGGGGCAGGGAGGGCAGGCAAAGACACUGCACAUACCUGUUCUUGGCUUAGUGGAGAGCUUCCCUGCUUUUGUAUUUAGAGCAACUAAUCCACUCUCUGUAAGGUAAAGGUAAAGGGACCCCUGACCAUUAGGUCCAGUCGUGGCCGACUCUGGGGUUGCUGCGCUCAUCUCGCUUUACUGGCUGAGGGAGCCGCCGUACAGCUUCCGGGUCAUGUGGCCAGCAUGACUAAGCCGCUUCUGGUGAACCAGAGCAGCGCACGGAAAUGCCGCUUACCUUCCUGCCGGAGCGGUACUUUGACGUGCUUUUGAACUGCUAGGUUGGCAGGAGCUGGGACUGAGCAACGGGAGCUCAUCCCAUUGCAGGGAUUCGAACAGCCGACCUUCUGAUCGACAGGUCCUAGGCUCUGUGGUUUAACCCACAGCGCCACCCGCGUCCCCUCCACUCUCUGUAGGUGAGGCUUAUUUGUUCUGUAUUUUGAAAUUCUGUGUUUUACUCCUGAUCCCUCUCUUUUAGUUCCAUUUUCUGUGGGGGUACAAUGGGUUAUAAAUCUAAAUAGACACUGGUACCUGGGGGCUAGGAGAGAGUAAUCUGCUAGGUUUUUGAAAGUAUAAGAAGAAGUAUAAAAUACUACAUGACAUAAUGGAGACUAAUGCUAUGCAUAAUACACAGCACAUCAUGCUGCUUGCAGGCAGUCUUAAUCCGUAUAGUUUCUGUAAUCUAAAGUUACUUUCAUGAAGGAAACCUUUGCCCCGGCAGUUGGAGAGGAGAGAAAGCUUCCUUUCUUUCACUAAGACAAAGAUGGGAAACUCUUCAUUAACCUAUCAGAAGGUGACCUCAUCUUCCAUUUCAGUUUUUAUUUAUGAUCAAUGCAACAUUAGUUUAAAUAAUUUAUACCCUGCUUUUCAACCAAAAAAAGAUUUCCAUAAUGGCUUACAGUUCACUAACAAUAAAAAUAAAUAAAAUUUCUCAUCAUUGCCCUUGGUUUACAAUCUAAAAAGGCACAACACGAAAAGAAAAUGGAUUGGGCUGGGGAGAGGAAAUAGGCAGACUCGGAUAUAAGUUCUUAGUUCUUCUAAUCACCAGCUGGUGUGAAAAUGUUGAAGACAAGGAGAGGUCCAAAGUUGCUGGUCUUUUGGCUGUACCAACACAUUGGUCCUUCAUCCUUUCUCUCCCCGCUGUUGCAACCUAGUGUAAUGACUGCUGGCUUUUCCUUUGAAAUGAAAGAAAACCCCAAUGUUGGAACUAGGUGUGCUAUCUAAAAUCUAGGAAGGUGUGGAGGGGAGGCACUUUUGGGGGGCAGUAUGACCUGGAGGUUUUAUAUCUGAUUUUCCAACAUAUUUCCUAAAAGGCAGCUCCAUGUGUGUGUGUUCCAGUCAGGUUAAAAUGGGGACGAUACGGGGUUAUCUUUUACAGUAGUCAGUUUUGACUUUUGACAAAGAAGAUUUCUGAAGAUACUUCUAGCAUGCUCUUCGAAGUUUUAAAGAAUCUGCCAGUUACCAAGCUGUUUUAAGUGAUGUCAUGUCUCCUUCCAGGUGUGGGUGGAAUUGAAACCGAAGCCGUCAUGCUUGGCUUGCCAGUCGCCCUCACCCUGCCUGAGGUGGUUGGGUGUCAACUGACAGGCUCCGCCAGCCCGCUUGCCACAUCAAUCGAUGUGGUCCUGAGCAUUACAAAGGUAAAUUAGAGCUCUCUUUGUUGCCAAGUCAAGCAGGCCAUGUACUACUAGCUCUGCUGGAGGUGACAUAAAAGUGCCUAGGAUUUUAUCUAAGGUUACAGUGUCAUUAGCAGUGGUUUGGCAAGGCCUUAAGAAACUUAGUGGCAGGUAAACAAGGGAAAUUGAACACCACCUCCGUGGAUACCCAAUGAAGUUUGUGGUGAGGCAACUGGUGCUCUUUCAGCAGGUUACCCCUUACUGGGGACAAGGAGCAGCUGUCUCUGGGCAAGUUUCUAAGGAGCUCAUCAUGGUGACCCCACAUGAGGGUCUCUAGCCUUAAAGACCAUGCCUGGCCAACAUAGUGUCCCUAUGGUUCAGUCUUCUUUCUCCCUUCUUGCUGCAGUUUGGAUGGGAGGCCCUUACUCCCAUCUGCUUGGAUUCCUCUGAAGAAAGGCUUUGCUUGGGGCUGAACUAGGAAUCACCUCUUCCUCCCCCUUCCUCUCUGAAGCCAAUCUUCCACCAUCCCUAUUCUCCUGUAGACACUAAAAAAACUGCUCUGUGUUGGCUUCCAGCUGAGUGUUUAUGAAGAAAAGAAAGCCAACUCAGGGACUGAUUUGAUUCCCUCCCUUCCUAGAUACUGAGGGCAAAGGACCCUGGGGUGGAUAGUCACGCUUCAGCUAUUAGUUGUAAGGCGGAUAUGGAAGAGAAUACUUCAUCCAUUCUAGACCAAAGCUUGCAAUGACCAGGAUAGUGUCUCGGCACUGUGCUUUCUGCCCAAACCUGCUGCAGAAUUUCACGCUAAGGAUACAGUAAUGGUUAAACCAGGGUGGAUUAAAAAAUCAAUGAUUUUUUUUGAAAAAAAUAAAAAAUCAGAUUAAAAAAAUUAAAAUCAGAUUUUUUUGAUUUGAAUCAUUUUUAAAAUAAAAUGCUUUUGGAAGAAAAAUCUUUCUAAAGAUAGUUUUGUAUUUAAGUUACAUUAUAGUCCAAAGGCUAUUCAUCAAGAAAUAAGGAUUUGUUUUAAGUUUUUCAUGUGUGCUAUAACACAGUCUAAGUUUUUGUUUUUUAAAAAAAUGGUUUAACCACAUCAGUUAACAAACAUGGAAACAUAUGGUAUAAUGUUAUUGUUUUAGCUAAAUAAAUUGUUUAAAUUGUUAUUAAGGAAAUUAUUAUUUUUCUCCUUCCAAUAAAAUUCAGCAGAAAGUUGUCUGAAUGUAAACAGUUAACUUAUUAAACCUCACAAUAAUUUCAUAAUUACCUGUCUAUGUAUUUCUAACAGUAUAACCAAAUCAGUAAUUUUUGCUAUAACUGUAAAAACUACUCUGAAAAUUUAUUAUUCCAAAAAUGAAACCUGCAUCUGGUUGUAAAUAUUAAGAGGAUGCCAGCAAGGCUGAGUCUUUCUGUAAAAAAUGAUUUACCGUAUUUUUCGCCCUAUAAGACGCACUUUUCCCCCUCCAAAAAUGAAGGGGAAAUGUGUGUGCGUCUUAUGGGGCGAAUGCAGGCUCCUUGGCUUCAGUGAUAGCAACGCGAAGCCUCCGAAGCCUGCGCUCCGGAGGAUUCGCGUUGCUUCCGCUGAAGCCAGGAGAGUCUGCUCUUUGAGGCUGGCGGUGGGGAAAGCAGCGCUUCCCCUAUCGCCCGCCCCAGAGGAUGGGGGGCAGCAGGAAGGCGCGCGACGCCUUCCCGCUACUCUCCAACCUGGCUUCAAGGCUGGCGGUGGGGAAAGCAGCGCUUCCCCCAUCACCAGCCCCAGAGGAUGGGGGGCAGCAGGAAGGCGCGUGACGCCUUCCUGCUACUCUCCAAUCCGGCUUCGAGGCUGGCGGUGGGGAAAGCAGCGCUUCCCCCAUCGCCAGCCCCAGAGGAUGGGGGCAGCGGGGAGGCGCGCGACGCCUUCCCGCUACUCUCCAACCCGGCUUCGAGGCUUCGAAGGGGCUCCGCGGCUUCUGCUGGCUUUUCUACGAGGGGGGGGGAAUUCCCCCACCUCCUAGAAAAGCCCGCAGGAGCCGCGCACCCUUUAAAGAGCGCACCGCUCUUGGGGGCUUUUCCUCGAGGAGGGAGAAGGGACUGACUGGCCAUUUCAGUCCCUUCUCCCUCCUGGUCGAAAAGCCCGCAGGAGUUACACUGGGCUCCUGUGGGCUUUUGCGGGAGGUGGGGGAAUUCCGCCACCUCCCGCAAAAGCAGGGAGAAGGUCUUGGAGUAGCGCACAGGCUGCGUGCAGCCUGUCCACUGCUCCCAGAGCUGCGGGGGGGGGGAUCAUAUUUUUUUACUUGAUUUCCCCCCCUGAAAACUAGGUGCGUCCUAUGGGCCGGUGCGUCCUAUAGGGCGAAAAAUACGGUAAAUCAAGUCUUACUGACUAGCAAUUUAAAUCAAGUCUUUCUGACUAGUGAUUUAAAUUGAUUUGAUUUAAAUCAAAUGCAUCCUGGGUUAAACUAACUAGUUGUGUCAUUGAAUCAAAUGAAAAAGUGUUAUUUUUCCAGUUUGUAGUAUUAGAUGUAGGCACCCCCUUGUCUCCAUGACUCCAGAGGGUAGUGAAAUGGAAACCUUCAGAAGUAUUGCCCCACAGCCUUAACUAAUUGCUGUGCAACAAAAGGGCAGCACUGAAGAAUGGUGACACCAGAAGAUGGUGUGUUCAAAGAAUUUGGCAUGUAGCUUGGUUCACUUGCCCAAAACAUCUUGCAGAGCAAUGAAGUGCACUCACUCCGCAUGCCAUGCUCCAUACUCUGCUCCUUGCUGAUUAAGUAGUCUCCUGCCUCACGAUCCUGUAUAUUUCUCUUGGUGGAAUUGCUAGUAGUUCAUUCGAAACCUUUAUGUCAUAAGAUGCCGCCUCGUUCUGCAUGCAGUGUUUGAUUUUUCUUUUCUUUUUUCCUCUCCUUAGCAACUUAGGCAAGCAGGCGUGUCUGGAAAAUUUGUGGAGUUCUUUGGGCCUGGAGUUUCCCAGCUCUCCAUAGGUGACCGGACCACAAUAGCAAAUAUGUGUCCAGAAUAUGGUGCUAUCCUGAGCUUUUUCCCUAUCGAUAAUGUGACAUUAAAGCACUUAAAACACACUGGUAAGAUGGAAAUUUAAACAGCUGGUUCUCCAGAGCUUUACCAUAGCAAUAUAUUACCUAGAGGCUUUCUGUUACAUAACUGUUGUAUGCAUUUUAAACAAAAUAAAUUGGUGUAAUAUUUCACAACAUGUUGUUGCAGGAUUGGAAUUUUCCCAUGUGUAAGGGGCGAGGAAACUUUCCCAGCCCUGGGGCUGCAUUCUGUUGUGGGCAGCCUUCUGGGGGACUCAUGCCAGUGGCAAGCAGGGCCAUAACCACAAGUGGAUAGAGCAGUAGGUGACAGCCUUAACUUUUGGGCUGCGUUCCAGCUACAUGGAAAUCGGAAACAUCCACGUCAUGAGUCCCAAAGCAAAGGCAUUGUGGGGGUGGGGGAAGUUGGGGAAGCUGCUGGUUGAUGACACUGGGAAGGGGCCCAGAAGUUUGGGACAGACUGUGUCACGGCUUCAAGUGGCAGGGAAGUAUGAACAAGGAGUCAUAUCCCAAGGGGGGACCCUGUAGCCUAGCCUUCCUCCAUCAGUUAGGCCACAGAGAAGCUAGCGAGGUGUGAACAAGACAGUUCAGGUCCAGACCUCCAGAAGAAGUUUGGUUUGCUUACUUCUUUGCCAUGCUGACGUUAUGCCUGCCCCAUUCCCAUAUAAUGGGACCCGAGGGGGUCGUGCAACUUGCUGGAUCAAUGGCAUAGGCAAACUCGGCCCUCCAGAUGUUUUGGGACUACAACUCCCGUCAUCCCUGGCUAAUGGGACCAGUGGUCAGGGUUGAUGGGAAUUGUGGUCUCAAAACAUCUGGAGGGCUGAGUUUGCCUCUGCCUGUGUUAGCUCUCUUAGCCAUACAUAGCACCUGCUGUGCCUUUGAACCGUGCUUUGUCUGCCUGUCUUGCUGAUCCGAGCAUUAAAGAUUUUGGUAGAAACCAUACUCUUGAGUUACAGUUUCUCAUGCAGUGAAAGUCUUGGAUCUCUCCAACGUGCAUGUCUCUCCAUCAAGUCAAACGAGGCUCACAGUUCAGGGACACGUUGCAGUCAGGCGGAAAUACUGCUGAAGGGCCUGGAGGAGGCAAGGCCUAGAGAGAUGCCCAGGGCUGUCAGUGGAGAGGUCUGCAAGGUUGCAUGCAGCCCCCAGACCUUAGGAUCUUCACACAUGCUGUGUGUGUGUGUGUGUGUGUGUGUGUGUGUGUGUGUAAAAUGUAUCUUCCUGCUCAAUGUGUAUAUCUGAGAGACUUGAUUUGGUUCACUUCUGUCUUCCUUUAAGUAAGAUGCUGCAGUAGAUACUCGGGUUACCGUCUUUUUUUCCUGGCUAAUGCAUGCAGGAAAUUGGGAGUUAAGUGCUCCCUGGAAGGGACUCUUCAGAGGCUUGUGGUAUUUCGAGUUAGGAAAAGGCAGUUAUGUUCAAGCCUUUUGUUGCACAGGUUCUAUUGAGCUACUCUGUUAUGUUGCUAUAUCAGCAAAUAAUGUUGCUGUAAAUUGUUUUGGUGACUAUGGGGUUUAAUGUGAAAUUGAAUUAUUUGAUGGUGUUCUGAUUUUUCUUAUUUUAUGUUGCUGGUGCUUGUGAUUACUGUUUUUGUAUUUAGGUACAUUUUAAUGUACUUGUCAUGGCCUUUGGCACAAUCAACUUACUGAUUUGAAUAUCAGCAGAAGGUUCAUUACUUAAACAUUUUUUUUUCUGAUUAUUUAACCGUUUCCCACAGGCUUUGAUGAGACCAGGCUUAAGUUGAUGGAAACAUAUCUUAAAACUGUGAAACUACUUCGAAGUUAUGAACUUUCCACAGAAGAACCUGAAUAUUCCCAGGUAAUGUCAAAAUGGGCUUGCCUCUUUCAUAUUUGCAGCUUGAGUCUUGCGUGGACCCUUUACCUUGCCUCACCAGCCAAUAGGGUCUCCUAUACCUUCAAGAGAACCCAAUUCCCUGUUCCAAGCAUGGGGAGCAUGUCCCCCUCCAGAUGUUGUUGGAAUCAAGCUUUUGUCUGCCCCAGCCGCCAUGGCCUAACGGUCAAAGAUGAUGGGAGUUGCAAUCCUGCAGCACCUUGAGGGGCAUAUAGUCCCCAUACUUGCCUCAUUCCAACCAACUUUCUCCUUCCCACCUGUACCCUACCCCAUCUACAAUAUAAUAAAGCUUGGGCAAUAAAGAUCCGGUGAACUGAUGCGGUGACAUUGCUGAAGCUGCAAGAGCUUGGAUCAGUACCUGGAUGAGACCACUGGGGGCAGCUCAGCAUUCUGAGCUUUCAGAGCAUCAAAGGACGGCAACUGCUAUAGACAGGCAUCUUUACCACCAGUCAGCUACUGAGCAUCUUCAGCUCUCUUGCUCUUUCCAUCUGCAACUGCCACAAACCAGAAGACUCUACUGUGCAUGCCUCUUUUACAGUUAAGCAUUUGUGUGCAUUUUAAUGGUAUCACGUCUUGGCCAAAAGAGCACACAUUAUAUUUGUAUAAUUUAGUUCCUUCCCUCAAACCUUACCUCCUGGGUGGGUUGAAGAUUUCCCAAAAUGUCUCCCAAAUUACAGUGUUCUUUGGCAGUUUCUGAUAUUCGCAGGGAGUUCUUGUUGGAACUGGGGUGGAGCAGACUGUGAAGUGGUUUGGGAUUUCAAUCACUAGUUCUUAGUAUUUCAAUCUUAGUAAUUUUUUUUAUUGGCAUUUUGGAUUACUGCUGUUCAGUAAAUGGCCUUUGUAAAACUGCUAAUUUAGGGUAACUUUUUCAAAAAUAUUAAAAUCGCACAAUAAUAUAUUGCUUCAAUAAGUUGUUUUCCAUCUUUUGCUAGAAAGAAAAGUUGAUAAUUUCAGCUUGUCUGCAAAAUGUGCCUUACAUAAAUUGCCAAAGCCUGAUUUGUAGAAAGAAACAUUAUUAACAAAUGUUCUACUCCAUCAGGUUAUAUGCAUAAACCUGGGUUCUAUAAUGCCCUAUGUAAGUGGUCCCAAAAGGGCACAGGACAGAGUGGCUGUUACGAAUAUGAAGAGCGAUUUCCAGGCCUGCUUAAAUGAAAAGGUAUGUGCAGUUGAAAUGAAAAACUACUGUUAGGAUUCCUAUGUUUUUGAAUUAUAUAGUCUCUGUUCUGUGGGAAAGAGGCCUGCUUCUUUCACUGUCACAACAUUUUGUAAAACAAAAAUUAAGCUCUUUCCUGUCAGUCGUGAUGUUUGAAAAUCAAAGGGCACAUCUAGAUUGCAUGUCUUCUCAUGCUCCCAGCUGGGCAUUGUAACAUGCAAACAUGAGUGCAGAACCCUUGUCUCUUUCACUGGUUGCGGUGCUACUUUGCGGAAAACCAAACAUUUGUCUUGGUCUGCACGAAACCAUUAGGAAUGGGAGGAUACAGAUUGAGGUAUUCCAUGCAGAUUUUGCAAUCAGAAUUAAUAAAAUAGUUUGUGUUCGUUCCCCCAAUUUAUUGGAGAUGUUGCCACUGGAUUUUGGCUUCCUGGCUGCCAAGGCUAUACACCAACACAGGAUUCUAGUGUCCCCUCUCUUGCUUAAAAGCAGCUUUGAAUUUGUUGUGUAAUUGAUUUUGCAAUGUCUGUUUUGAUUCCCUAGGCUGGCUUUAAAGGCUUUCAGAUUCCAGCUGAAAGGCAAAGGGAUGUGGUUCCUGUGGAGUAUGAAGGAAAUGAGUACAAGCUGGCUCAUGGAUCAGUUGUCAUUGCUGCAGUAAUCAGCUGUACAAACAACUGCAACCCCUCUGUAAUGCUAGGAGCAGGUAUACUCUGCCUGGUUUCGGUUUUCUUCUCUAUCUAUUGCAUUAUAGAGCCAAGUUAACCAAACCGCCAUCCUAUAAAUGUCUAUAGAAGGCAGACAGAGGAGUUUGUGCCAGUGUAGCUUAAGCAGAAGCUUGAAAUGUGUGGAGGUGCCUUUUAGUUAUAAUCCCAUUAAAUUUGGAUAGCUGAAAUUGUACUGGGAUUGUGGUUUUUUGUUGAACAGUGUGUCUUUAAAAUGCUUCACAGAUUGUGCAGUACCCGGUGCAACACGGCAGCUUUUUCACAGUUCCCAGUGUUCUGCACCUGACAGUAGUAGCUGUUCUUUUUUAAAAAAUGUAUUUUAUUAUUUAUUGCGUUUAAAGUUCUGUUCAUUACCUGUGAAAAAGUGGUGGUAGUUUUUGAAGUCAUGCCUGCAGUACUACAACAGCAGUGUCCUGGACUAGCUUCCAGCACGAGAGCAGCAUUGCUAAUGGUGACCUUGUGCCAGUGAAGCUGUGAUUUUGGUCUUGCCUUAAUAUAAACAAGUGGUCAACCUGCUGGCUCAUAGGAUUGAACUUUCUGGGGAUUUAUGCAAAAGCAGAAAUGUUAGAAUUUCGUCUUUCUGAAAUUGCUUAUCAAAAGAGGAUGAAGGUCAUAAUCCGCUACGCCCCAUCAAAAUGAAUGGAGGGAAUGCUGCACCUGAGCUUGAUAUUGCCGCUUAUGAAGUUAAUAUGAUAUCUAGAGCUGUCGUACAUAGAAUCAUAGAAUUGUAGAGUUGGAAGGGACCCCAUGGGUCAUCUAGUCCAACCCUCUGCAAUGCAGGAAUCCCAGCUGAAGAAUCCCUGACAGAUAGCCAUCCAACCUCUGCUUAAAAACCUCCAAUGACAGAGAGUCGUACAUUGGUCCAUCUACCCUGAACUGUUAAUCCUAACUGGCAACUGUUCAUCAGGGACUUGGGCAGAGAUUUCUUCUGGGUUGUGGACAAAAAAUUCUUCAACACAUACCGUAUUUUUCACUCUAUAAGACGCACCUUCACUCUAUAAGACGCACCUUUUCCCUCCUAAAAAGUAAGGGGGAAUGUGUGUGCGUCUUAUGGAGCAAAUGCAGGCUGCACAGCUAUCCCUGAAACCAGAACUGCAAGAAGGAUUGCUGCGCAGCAAUCCCUCUUGCUGUUCUGGCUUCAUGGAUAGCCGUGCAAAGACUCUUCAACGACAUUUGAUUCAGAAUAUUUUUUUUAUUGUUUUCCUCCUCUAAAAACUGGGUGCUUUUUAUACAGCGAAAAAUACAGUAGCUGGAGACUUUUUUUUAAGGGAUAUUGCAGGGUUUGUGCCUGAGACCCUUCUGCAUAUACAUAAUCUGUUCUAAACUAAAGAGUAAACUUUUCUCCAACAGUACUACCUGUUGUGGUAAUUUAUCCAUAGGCAACAUAACUUUGCCCCUUAGAAUUUUUGUACCGUUAUUUCACUGCUGCUUUCAUCCUUCCCUAGGUCUGUUGGCCAAAAAAGCCAUUGAAGCUGGUCUGACUGUUAAACCGUACAUAAGAACCAGCUUAUCGCCUGGCAGCGGAAUGGUCACGCACUAUCUCACUUCCAGUGGUGUAUUGCCAUACCUCAAUAAACUUGGGUACUAACUUCUUUGCUCUCAUAUGUAGAAGUUUUAAAGACUCUGUGAUCUUCUGUGUAGAGACUUAAAAUGCAUGCUUAAAGUGACAUGGUCAAAUCCAAAAGAAGUAACACAGUAACAUGCAAACAUCAUAUAGCUUCUGUUUAGUGUGUUGCUUGCAGACUCAUUGGCAUUUGAUUCAUUUUUAAAGUUUCUGUGGCUCAUGGUUUUUAGCCACAUCACAUCUGACCAGCUGAGCAUUCAGAAGCUAAAUAAUUGCUAUAAGGCAUAUGUUAAGCAUUGCUGUAUUUAUACUCAUAGUAUUUUUUUAUUUUAAAAAACCCACAGAUCAUAAUUUACUGGGGGGACAUGCUUAUUUAUUGAAAAUUUGGUCAAGCACACAGGAACAUGGGAAGCUGCAUUAUAAGCGGUCAACCUAUUUGUCUUAUCAGAGAAACAUUCCUGGUCUAGAGAGAGUCCAUCUAGUCCAGCAGCUCUUAAGGAUCUCAAGACAUGGGGCUGGAUCCCACUAAGGUCUUGUCAGAGUAGACCUGCUGAAAUUAAUAGAUGUGACAAACACAGCUUCAUUAACUUAUGUGAGUCUACUCCAAGUAGAACAUAGUGGGAUACAAUACAGAGGUCUUUUUCCACCUGAUGCCCUUACUUUUUUUAAACUGGAGGUACCAGGGGUUGAAUCAGCAACCUUUUUCAUGACCUCCCAUUUUCCCACUGGCAGAAAGGAUUUCAGUAUGUUAGGUAGAGAGUCUUGAGGCCCUGCCAUGCAGCAGCUCUCUUCAACUGAUCCCAUAACGUGCAGGGGAACUUCAAAGAUUUCACUGCAGUGCAAAGGUGAAUGAAAAAGUAGGUUGCACUAAUGAAACACUGACAUUUUCUUAAAAUCCUGGUUUUGCUCUAGAUUUGAGGUCGUUGGCUAUGGAUGUUCCACAUGUGUUGGGAAUACUGCUCCUUUGCCAGAAACCAUUCAGAAUGCAAUUGUGCAGGUAAUGUUUUAACAACUGUAGCAUAAUGGACUUUGUUCCUGUUGACCAAUUGGGAAAAAUAAAAGGUCCAGACUUUGCCCUGCUGACUGUUUAGGCUGGAGGGUGAGAUCUUCUGUGAAGUGUGUAGAGCUAGGAAAGUAGGGGCCCUUUUCCCUAUAAUUGCCCCCGUGCACUUAAGUAUUUUCUGUCUGUCCCAUACGGUUAUGAAAACACUCUUGGAGUAUAUAUCUUUAUGCGCUAGGAAAUUUAAUACCAGUAUUGGAGUUCCAUUCUAGUCCCAACAACAUCUGGAGGGCGGCAAGUUCCCCAGCCCUGGUUUAAAGGCAAAUUCUGUAGUUUGAGUGUUAAGGAACAAUAUGAGGUUAGGAAUAUGAGAAGCGAAUAAUCAUUCUUGCCACUAAGAGGGUAUCCUUCAUCAAGGGUUACCCCUCAGCUUUUCCUUUAUAGCUACUUGUAAACUCUCACAGAAAUUCAAGCAACCAUGACAAUGAAGCAGAUGUUGAGAAAUGUAUAAUUUUCUGCCUUUCAGGGUGACUUGGUUGCUUGUGGAGUUUUGUCUGGAAAUAAAAACUUCGAAGGCCGUCUCUGCAGCUGCAUCUGUGCCAAUUACCUUGCUUCCCCGCCUCUAGUUGUGGCUUAUGCUAUAGCAGGAACUGUGAAUAUUGAUUUCCAGACUGAGCCAUUAGGUAACUAUCCCUCUCCUUCCAGCUCCUAUUUCAUCCAGGACUUGGCUUGUUCCUGUAAUGCUCUCAGGGCAUUUAACUUGCUCUAAGAGCAACGCUUACCAUUCUUGCGCUGUUUGAAGCCUCACCUAGUGUAUGACGCAUUAUGGCCUAGAUUUCGCUACACCAUAAAAUAACCUACCUAUGUUUUCUAACAAAGCAACCAAGUUGAUCGUUGUGAACCAGUUCAGCAGUUUUCUCUUCUGCAAAAGUGAUUUGCUUUCAGGUGAGCUAAGGGGAAUAUUGUGUGUCAUAGAGUGAAUUAUGUGCAGUAUGUGCAGCUAAGAAAGCUCUUGGGUGUUCGUAAUGCUUUUAAGACGGGUAGAAAUGGCGGAGGAGUAAUUUCUGCAGUUAUCACCAUGAUCAAAAUUUCUUUGUAGGGGUCAGUCCUGAUGGCAAAAGAAUCUUCUUGCAUGAUAUUUGGCCCACUCGAGAAGAACUUCAGCAAGUGGAAGAAGAGUUCGUUAUAUCAUCCAUGUUUAAAGAGCUGAAGGGGAAAAUGGAGGUAGUUUGGCAUUGUUAUUAAUCAGCGAUAGGGAUCCUCAGGGCCAAGCACUUUCUGCCAGAGGCUUUGCUCCUUCUCUGGCCUCACCCCCUGCGCUCCAAGCCCUCAGGCACUUUUGCCUGCCUACCAGGUGCCCUGGAACUGUAAUAAUGCCGCUCGCUUGCCUGUCUGGAGAGAGGUGUGUGCAUGGGAAACCUAUUCCUUUUUUUGCAUGGCUGGAAUGUCCCCUCCUGUAGACAAGGUAACAGUCACAUACAUGGAUCUGCCCACUUUUGCAUCUGGUCCCUCGGGUCACUUCCAUUUCCUGAGGGAAUGUGGCCUUUGGGGUGAAAAAGGUGUCCUACUCCUUUUCUGACUCAGCAAGACUCAAAUGAAACGCUUUUUCCUGUGCAUCACUCAGUGUGUCAUGUUCCUAGCAGGGAAUGUAGUAUGUAAAUUUUAAAAUGAAAUUAUGCAUACUGGUUCAAAUAUCUUUGUUAGCCUUUAGCACUUCUGUAUGCCAGAUCUAUAGCAAAUAUAAAAAGCAAGAGCAUAAACAGCCAGAUGUCCUGAUUUAUUUACUGUGUUUAUAACCUGCCUCUAAGGAUCUCAGACAGUCUCCUUCAUUCUCACUGUUUUAUCCUUGCAACAACCCUUUGAAGUAGGUUAGGCUGAGAUACAAAUAAAUUAGGCAGGGUACAAAUAAAUUAUUGUUAUUAUUAACAGCAAGAAAUUUUUGGAAGGCUGAGUUAACAAAAGUUAUCAGUUACAAAGAAAAGAAAUGUUGAUGUGGCAUUUUGUUGCGUUUCCACUAUAUUAUAUUCAGUAACUGGCAUUUUGGGUACAAGACAGGAGAAGAUGAUCAGAAGUUUAUAUCUCCUGCUUUGCAGAAAGGAAAUAAGCGGUGGAAUUCUCUAGAAGCGCCUGAAUCAGUCUUAUUUACGUGGGAUUGGAAGUCUACUUACAUCCGAUGUCCUUCCUUUUUUGAUAAGCUUGUAAGUAUGGUAACACCAAGUCUGUAUGUUUGAGGUGUUCUAGGUAUUGUAGGAAAGGGAACUUAAUAAGUGAGGGGAAUGUUUCUGACCACAAUUUAAGAUGUCAACACCAUUCUGCUGUCCUUCUCAGUGGAAAGGAUCUCUCAUAACACUAGAACUAGGUUCAGGACAGUCAAAAGGAAGUACUUCUUCAAAUACCACAACGUUAAUUUAUGGAAUUUGCUGCCACAAUAUGUGACAGCCGCUUCCUUAGAGAGAUAUUAAAGAAGGAUGGCCAUGUUCUUGGAGGGCAGAUCUAUCGGUGGCUACUAGUCUUAAUGGCUAAAUGGCACCUUCUGUGUUCAGAAACAGUAUGCCUUAGAAUAUGAGAAGCUAGAGGGCACCUGCUUUGCUUGUUGAUUUCUCAGAAACAUCAGUUUUGCCUUUGUGGGAAGCUGGUCCUUUGCUAGAUGGUCUCCUUUUCCAGGGCUGUGCGCACGUUCUUGCUUUCAUACUUUGAACAUCUUUACCUUUUGACAUUAGCUCCAUUUUGUGCCUUUUGGGUGUGUUUUCAACUAACCAGGAGAGGGGGUGUAUUCAUCUACUUUUGUGUCCAUUCAUCUGGCAGACCAAAGACCCUCUUCCACCCCAGUGUAUUGAAAAUGCGCACGUCUUGUUGUUUUUGGGGGAUUCGGUCACGACAGAUCACAUCUCACCUGCAGGAAGCAUUGCGAGGGGCAGCGCUGCUGCCAGAUACUUAACCAACAAGGGGUAAGAAACUUCAGAGGAAUUGUGAGGGAAAGAAACUGAAGAAUUCAGCUGGUCCUCACAAAUUGCUUUACUGUGGUGGUUGCUGCUUGGCCAGAUGAACAGUGUGUGCCAUAGCUAAAGUAGGUUGCUAAGCAGGAUUAACUGAAUUUCUUUCAGGCUUAUAGUCAGAAUUUUCUGCAUAAUCUGUCCUGUUUUUACUGGACCCUAUUCAUAGUGAAAAGGGACGUGUCUGGCACUGUGGGUUAAACCACAGAGCCUAGGACUUGCCGAUCAGAAGGUUGGCGGUGACAGGGUGAAGGUCGGCGCGACAGGGUGAGCUCCCGUUGCUCGGUCCUAGCUCCUGCCAACCUAGCAGUUCGAAAGCACGUCAAAGUGCAAGUAGAUAAAUAGGUACCGCUCCGGCGGAAAGGUAAACGGCUUUUAUGUGCGCUGCUCUGGUUCGCCAGAAGCGGCUUAGUCAUGCUGGCCACAUGACCCGGAAGCUGUACACCGGCUCCCUCGGCCAAUAAAGCGAGGUGAGCACCGCAACCCCAGAGUCAGCCACAACUGGACCUAAUUGUCAGGGGUCCCUUUACCUUUACCUUUAUUCAUAGCGAACCUUCUGCUUAGUUCAGUGCCAUCUGCAGAGCUCCAUAUAUUAGGCUGCAGGUCCCUGCAGGGUUAACAGGUAGUCAGAAUGCCUUAAGUGCCUGCUAUCCAUUUAUAACUCACACACAUGAUAUAAUACUUUGACCUGUAUUCUUAGGGUUCCACACCUGACUAGCAGUCUAUGGCACAGGAAAACUUCCCUAAGGGAUGUUUGUGAGCAAAGUCCACUUUUCAGGUUGCACGUUUAUACUGAGCAUGCUCUGCUGUCUCUCGUAGCCUCACGCCCCGUGAAUUCAAUUCCUAUGGUGCUCGGCGGGGAAACGAUGCAGUGAUGACAAGAGGCACCUUUGCAAACAUAAAACUUUUCAAUAAAUUCAUUGGGAAACCUGCUCCUAAAACAAUUCACUUUCCAACUGGACAGACGGUGAGGACAUAUUUGUUCAAAGCUAUGGGGGGCUGCUGCAUAUUAGAAAUGUCCCCAUGUCCUUUCCCCCCGUCUAUUUCUCUCUCUUGCUCUCUCCCCUGCAGCUAGAUGUAUUUGAUGCAGCUGAGUUGUAUCGCAAAGAGAAUAUCCCUCUGAUAAUCUUAGCAGGCAAGAAGUAUGGACUGGGGAGCUCGAGAGACUGGGCUGCAAAAGGACCUUUUUUACUGGUAUGUUUCCAUUGUGUUAACUUCGAAGUAACAAGAAGCCUCGUUGUUUUAUUACUUCAGGUUGCUUGACAGGAUUUUGCUUGGCUGUUUUUCAAAGAGCUUAAAGCAUGCCAUUUUUUGCCUUCUGAAAAUGCAUGAGCCAGUUUUUUCACUGAGCUUUAAAGAGUGCUCGUUUGUGGUUUUGACCAUUAAAUUCACAAACCGGGACCAGUUUAGAGUUAAUGUACAUCUGAAUCAAUGAUUUAACAUAGUUGCUUCUUGCUUAUCAACCAGAAAUCCUGGUAAACUAGACCUAAUGAGGUUUUAUUUCAGUGGCAAUAACAGAUCUAGGACUCCUAACUCCCAUAAGUCCCUGGCUAGUAUGGCCAAUGGUUAGGGCUAGUAAGAGUUGUGGCCCCUCAGGAUGCUGCUGGACUACAGUUUUCCUAUCUGUGCUGGACAGUAGUAGCUAGUUAACAUUGUUACUACCCUCAUGACUCUUGGCUAGCAUUCCAGGCCACCUUCCAAUAAACUAGAUUUCUCUGUCUUGAGAUUUUCUCCACGUUUUGUAUUAACAGAAGGGUUGAGCGGUUGUAUGAAGAUGACUUUUAUUAUUGCUCAGAUGGUAUCUAAGCCAGAUAUAACUCUUUCUACAGGGUGUGAAAGCAGUUAUUGCUGAAAGCUAUGAGAAGAUCCAUAAAAGUCAUUUGAUUGGGAUGGGCAUUGCUCCGCUCCAGUUCCUCCCCGAGGAAAACGCAACGUUUUGGGGCCUGACAGGCAAAGAACAGUUUUCAAUCUCAUUUCCUCAUGAGUUGUCCCCUGGAAUCUCCCUAGAUGUAAAGGUAACUCAGACUCGCUUCUGAAUGCAAGUGUUAGUAAUAGAAGAGAUUUAUUUUUUUCCUUGAAGCACAAAUGUGAUGGUCUGUCCUCUGUUGCAAGCUGCUAAUGAUGCAGUUUUAUGGUAUCCACACCAUUUCACAUAAGGCGGAAGUGUAAAGUAAGUUAAUAUGAGCUGUGUUGGGGGGGGUCUCCUUUUGAGUGAGAAGUCAGCACCAGAGUUGGCCUUUAGAUCAGGGAUGGGGAACCUGUGGCCCUCCAGAUGUUGUUGGACAGGCAUAGCCAGCGAUGAGGGCUGAUGGGAGUUGUGGGCUAGCAACACAUGGAAGACCGCAGUUUCCCCACCCUGUAGAGACUUGGAGAACUGCUCUUAAGGCACAAAUACCGUAUUUUUCGCUCUAUAGGACGCACUUUUUCCUCCUCCAAAAUUUGAGGGGAAAUGUGUGUGCAUCCUAUGGAGCGAAUGCAGGCUCCUUGGCUUCAGCGAUAGCAACGCGAAGCCUCGGAAGCGUAGAGGGAGCGCUUCCUCCGCGCUCCAGAGGCUUCGCGUUGCUUUCGCUGAAGCCUGGAGAGCAAGAGGCGUCGGUGCGCACGACCCCUCUCACUCUCCAGGCUUCAGGGAUAGCCGCCUGAAGGCCUUCCGAGCGCAGCGCAAGUUCCCGCUGCAUUCUGGAGGCUUCAGGUUCCUUUCGCUGAAGCCGGGAGAGUCUUGCUCUCCCGGCUUCAGCAAAAGGAACCCAAAGCCUGAGGAGCGCAGCGGGAACUUGCGCUGCGUUCGGAAGUCUUCAGGGAUAGCCGCGCACAGCCCCUCUGGCAUGGAGAGGCUGCACGCGGCUAUGGCUUCUUUAGCCCCGCGCAGCCUCUCCCUGCCGGAGGGGUUGCGCGCGGCUAUGGCACAAGCCAAGAAAGUGAGCGAGAUCCAUCCCGCUCGCUGCCUUGGCUUGUGCCAUAGCCGCGCGCAACCCCUCCGGCAGGGAGAGGCUGCGCGCAGCCUGUACGCUGCUCUUUGGGGCUGGGGGGGAAAUAAGAUUUUUUUUCUUGAUUUCCCCCUCUAAAAACUAGGUGCGCCAUAUUGUCCGGUGCGCCCUAUGGAGCAGAAAAUACGGUAUAUGCAAAGCAAGCUGUUCUAAGCAGCUCAGUGUCCUGAAAGGUGCUCAGAUAAAGGGAAGACUUAUGUCAAGGUCAUUUGAAUGGUGCAAAAACAUAAUUGGGAGCAAUGUUGUCUGAAUUCAUAGAGAGACAUAUUUUCAAACACACGCAGGGCUACACAGAGGCUCAUGGCACAGGCAACUAUCUUAAGGCAAUAAUUUUUUUGAGUGCAGCAAAGUGAGGGGCAGGGGCAGAGAUCUGACUCACUAGGUAUCCAGUGGGUCUGCUAUGGGUAGGAUUUAGUUGAACACGCCUCGGUUGCACAGGUGCCCCAGAGACUGAGCAGGAGCUGUGCAGUUGUCCUGUGCUCUUGUUCAGCUCCCUUCCAGUGAAGCUGACCUAUGCAAUUAUUGUGGGGUGGUAUCCAAUUUAAGUUUGUCAUGAUAAGCUUACAUCCAUUGAUUUCAGUGGGUCUGCUCAGAGUAUGACUUGCGUAUCUGCCACAGUUAUUUCCUUACAGAGGGGUUGUUUUUCUUUCAUAACUUACGGGAAAAGGAGAAACACUUAGAAUCAGAGCUGUGAAGAGCAUAGGAGUCCCAAAUUGCUGCUUAGGGGCAGAUCUGCAUGCUCAGUCCCAGAUCCCCAACAUUACAGACUUUGCCGGUAUUUUUAUUAAGUCAUUAACUUCCACAAGCAAUAAAACUAGUUUAGUUUAAAGCAAGACUUGAGGGUCUCAGGAUUUUUGUUUCUGCAAUAUGCUGUCGUUAUUACAGAAUAUCCUACUACAGUGGUACCUCGGGUUAAGUACUUAAUUCGUUCUGGAGGUCCGUUCUUAACCUGAAACUGUUCUUAACCUGAAGCACCACUUUAGCUAAUGGGGCCUCCUGCUGCUGCUGCGCCGCCGGAGCACAAUUUCUGUUCUCAUCCUGAAGCAAAGUGCUUAACCUGAAGCACUAUUUCUGGGUUAGCGGAGUCUGUAACCUGAAGCGUAUGUAACCUGAAGCGUAUGUAACCUGAGGUACCACUGUAUAGAGAUGUUAGGAAAUGACACAGUUCUAACAUAUUUCUUGCUUUUGCCUCUCAUUCCUGUCUCUUUAAAGACAAACACAGGGAAAGUAUUUCAUGUGGUUGCCGCAUUUGACAGUGACAUGGACAUAACGUUAUACAAACAUGGUGGCAUUCUGAACUACAUGGUCCGAAGGCUGUUGUAGAGGCCUGCUCACACCUUGGGGGACUAUGCGCAUCAAUGGGCCAACCCCACAAUGGCUUGCACAGGCCUCACUCCAUCGAUGGAACUGCGUACAGUCCUGCUGCACUCUGAAAUUUCGUCCAUGGAUGUAAAAGAUUGUGAAUUGUUGUAGUGACUGCAGCAAGAUCCGCCUGGAUUUUAAAAAUAAUACUCGAAUGGUGCUAUUGACAUUGCUUAAAAAAUUGACGUGUGUGUUGUGAAAGAGAGCUGUAAGUAUGGGGAUGGGCGGGAGGGGGUUGUCUUAGACCAUUUUGUAAAUAAAGUGACAUGAAACCUGAAACUGAAUUGUGUUGAAGAUUUUAAGCCAGAAGACUAUCUGUCGUUGGGCCCCACCCCAGUUUUGACACUUCAGCUUCCUUACUGCUGUCUGUUGGUUUGAGGGCAGCACAUGGUUUGGCGUGAUGAGGAUGGGUAGUUUCCUUUUAAUUAAGGUUUCCAUAAAAUCAAAAGCAAAAGUCAGCAUGAAGGCCACAAGUUACAAACACAGGGCGCAGCAAUCUUAACACAAAACUAGGUGAAUUUUUGACAAGGAGCUAGUACGGAUAUUUACAGGGUUGGCCUCACCUUCCCCUUUGCUGAAACAGCAGCAAUCUCUUUUCCCCAUUUGCCUUUUGGAGUUAAUGAAUGUAGAGAAGCAGGGACAAAACUAGACUUUAUUUCACCUGGUCAAAGAUUUAGUUUGGCAGUGCGUGCCGCCCCCCCCAUUUCUAUACACAAACACACAGGCUGAGAGCUUCAAUGGCAUUCCUCUGGAGACUUCACCUGGGGCAAAAAAACAGGCUAGCCCCCCCCCCCCCCCCCAGCUAUGAUCCUGAAAGAAGCAACCUGGGCUACCAAUCGCUGAGGAACUGAGCUGCAACAAUGGGUUUCGAUUAAUAAUUUUUAAGAAUUUUCAUUUAUAACAAUCCAAUAAAAGCCACAUUAAUACAAUACCAAAUUAUAAUACGAUUUAAAAAGCCAAUUAUCCAAUACCAAAUUAAACAAUUUUGAAUGACAUCUCGGGUUCUGGAUUUCAGGGAAUGAUGAUCUUAUUUUGUCCUGCUCCAAUACUCUCAGUCCAAAUACAACAGUUCCGAUCUUGAUCCUUUAUUUUAACAGCCACUAAUUUCAUUCGCAUUUAACUGUUCCAUAUCCAUUAGUUUAGCAAGGGGAUUUUGAUCCUGUAAAUUUCUGUGUGAAAUGUUUGUUUUUCGUUCAUCUUUACUCUUCAUGUUCUAUUCCAUGCUCAGCAUUUCCCUUCACUUGCGCUUUCUGCACUCAAGGACUGCAAUUUUCACUGCAACACACGCCAUUUUGCUUAUCCAAGACAAAGAGAGGUCUGGUGUCUCGCUAUAGCCCCGGGCAGAUCUCCAGAAUUAUCUUCUUUGAUCCCUCUCCCAUCCGUUAACAAGCCGGUAUCUCUCCAAAGCCAUGAUAAGUCAGAACCAAAGUCUUCUUUACCAUUCCAUAGAAGGUCAAUGCCACAAAUCAUUGUGAUGUUUUACACAGUUCAAUUCUUGCAAUUAAUCCAUAAAAAUUAUGAAGUUCUCGUUAAUUCCCUCUUGCAUUUUUUCCAAUCCAUUAACAAUUAAUACUUUGGGGAAGGUUUGCCAAAUCAUAAAACAGCAAAUAUAAUGUAUAUAAAGAAAGGGUAAAGGCUCCCCUCCCCCUACAUACCAAUCAGGUUACAAUGAAAAUCCUUUCCAGAUUAGGCCUUGGCACUCAGUGGCUGAUUCAUUUAGCAAAUUAUCUUGUCCCCUUAGUCCAGAACACGCCUGUUACUUAGAUCCAAAACCAAAUCCAUCCUAAGAAACAAGAACCUCCGCUCAUAGUGACCGCGUUGGAGGGUUACUGAUACGUUCAUCAGCGUCCCCUUCCUCCCACAUUCCAUCAGAACGAGAGGCAGGCAUCAGACGAUCUGCGAGUGAAACACACACACACACACACCCUGACCAGGGACGGGGGGCUUGCAAGGAUAAUUACUUUCAAAUUAUCCUUAAUUGGCUGCACGAACGAUCUCCGCUAGUGUGGGAGCCGCUUUUCACCAUGGCGGAAAGCAUUGGAAGCCGCAACAAUGGGUUUCAACUUGUUCUGUUUUAAUUAGCCUCUCUGGUUUUCUUCUCUUCUGCUUUUAGUAUGCAGUGAAAAACAGCUGCAAUUUUUUGGCCUAAGGAAUAUUUUAAAUACCCACUUACAUUGCUGAGGCAGCUCUGUGGCCUUGUACUCCCAUUUACAGGACGGGAUCAGUUCUUAAAGAUCCUUGCAUUCUGGACCAAACCACCUGUUAAAACAGGGACAUUGCUGCUGCUGCUGCUUUUUGGACUCUCAGUGUUGCCACUGGAAGCAGUUUCCUUUAUAUAAGUGAGCAUAUUCUGUGUCACAGCAGGGAAAGCAGAGGCCUGGUGGGUUUUAAAUGAGUUGUGUCGGAUUCUUUUUCACAUACUCUGUACCUUAAAGUAGUUUUAGUUAACAACAUGGUCUGUGCCAAUUAUUCUACAGUAAGAAGUAACCUUUAAGAUUGACCUAGUCCACCAGAUAUACACAGUAAAAUUGGUUUUGCUCUUUGGAAAUUUCCACUGCACGAAAAUGUCAUUAGUAAUUAAAGUCCAUUUCAAUUUAUUGUAUAAAGAGCAAUUUAAGAACAAACACAUCAUCAUGCAGAAAAAAUACGUUCCAAGUGAAUAGUGCACUACAGAAAAUCUCCAAUGACAACCUAGUAUCCUUGCAAAUAAUUUUGAGGAAAGAAAGGUUAAAUGACCAGGAAAGAGUAUGUGAGCAUGCAUAUGAAUCUAACCCAUUUGAACCACUGUUCUUUUCAGUGAAUGAGUGAGAUAAACACCUUAGCCCUUGUUUGGUGGAGUUUUAUUGAGUUCUGUUGGCAUUCUUUAAAAAUCUGGUUUGCACAUAACACUAAGCCAUGGUUAAUUAAACCAUGGUUUGCUUGCUUGCCUGAUCUCUGCCCAGGGGCUUAACUCUGUUUUGCUUACUUACUGCUAACAAGCCAUAAUCUGAAGCUAGGUUUGUUGUUAGUUUAUGACUCUUGCUUUGUUUUAACUGUAGCUUCGUGUUCUACACAAACCCAUCACUCUUCGUUAUUCAUAGUUCCUUUGGCUACCCCAUCCCAGAAGCUCACCGAGUUAGAAAGGCAUGAACAGCUGAAAAACAAAACAAAACUUUGGAGAAGCAAGCUCUAGUUUGUUUGACAAGCCACGGUUUAUUCUUACAGGUGAACCAGGCCGGUAUUGUCUAAACUUCCUGUUUAGGGAAGUUUUUAAUGACUGAUGUUUUAAUGUAUUUUUAAUCUCUUGUUGGAAGCCGCCCAGAGUAGCUGGGGAAACCCAGCCAGAUGGGCAGGGUAUAAGUAAUAUUAUUAUUAACUUAUUAUCAUCAUCAUCUCCACUAUAUAUGAUGUGCUAGGUGCUUUUCUCAAGGUUAAUAAUACCUUUUUACUACCAAUAUACUGAGAGAGGUCUCUUAUCUGCAUUAUUGGUGUUUGAUUGAAGUGCUUGACAUCAGAGUUCUGUCCUGAUAAUUGCAGAAGGCAAGGUAGUUGUUACUAAAGAUACCUUACCAAUAGUAAUAUCUAAACUAACUUUUUUGGUCUGGUGGGAUCUUCUUUGUUAGUGUAAGGGAUCAGUGGACCCAGACUCAAAAAUACUUGCUCCUUGAGACGUGCAGCUGGUUUGUCUUAUCAGAUGCACCCAUCAUUCCCUAAUAGCAAACUGAACAUGACAUUUGUGAGGCCUGCCUGAAGGCGCAGACACAUUUAAAUGUUUGUGACUUAUACACAGGAUCCCUCAUCUCUUGAUGCCCUAUGCCUUUGGGAGUAAGUUAAACACCACCCAUAAAACGCCUUCAUUAAUGCCCUUGUUCUGAUAAACUCAAAUGCUUCUUUAAGCAAACCAAUUUCAUUCUCAUAGAUAGGCAUGGCGUUAUUUUCCUGGUCUGUGAAAUCAGUAGUAACCAUUUCCUUAAAAGUACAGGGCUUCCCAUUGUGGUUUUUCGCUGUAUGUGACUGACAGCUUGAGCUGCCUUGAUGGUUUUGGCCAUCACUUGGAUCUUCCCUUCCAAACUUGAAAUACUCUGUUUUCAAGGCUCAGUCCUUUGUAUUUUUACUUGGGAGCAAUUCCCCUUGACCUCUGUGGGAUUUACUUCAAAGUAAACAUGCCUUAAGUUGGGCUGCAGGUCUGGAAUCAUUUUAGUGGGACUUGAGCACUGCCCCCCCCCACCUCGAGAUCACACUCGUGGAUUUGAGUGGACUUGUCUUCCUGAUACAGGCAGAAAGCAUAUCUGAAUGACCAGAGCUAAGUGAUAUACGGCAUCUUUUUUUGACAUGCAAAGUAGUUCCCUGUAUGGCCCUAUUGGGUGGAGAGAAAUUACCUAUAUCCAUUGCUUAGGGAUGCGGGUGGCGCUGUGGGUAAAACCUCAGCGCCUAGGACUUGCCGAUCGUCAGGUCGGCAGUUUGAAUCCCCGCGGCGGGGUGCGCUCCCGUUGCUCAGUCCCAGCGCCUGCCAACCUAGCAGUUCAAAAGCACCCCCGGGUGCAAGUAGAUAAAUAGGGACCGCUUACCAGCGGAAAGGUAAACGGCGUUUCCGUGUGCUGCGCUGGCUCGCCAGAUGCAGCUUGUCACGCUGGCCACGUGACCCGGAAGUGUCUUCGGACAGCGCUGGCCCCCGGCCUCUUAAGCGAGAUGGGUGCGCAACCCCAGAGGCGGGCACGACUGGCCCGUAUGGGCAGGGGUACCUUUACCUUUAUUGCUUAGCAGCAGCACAAUAUAUAUUUUGCUCAGAAAGGCUUGGGGUGAGUUAAGGAAGGGUAAAAUAAUGGGAGCUGGAAAUCUAUUUUGUUUUCAAGUUCUGAUUCGAAAGCGAACCUUUAAUCCUUUAUCAAAUUUGGAGGCUGUUAAUAUAAAUUAUACAUCUGUGAAAUAAUGCAUUUUAUUAACCACACUUAAGCAACUGCAACAAAACAGUAUAUAAUUGUUUUACAUUCAUUAAUAAGUAUUGUAUAGAAAUAUUACAAAGUUCAAUUUGCUGAGAACUGUGCAUAAAAUGUUAAAACGGAUGUAAAUUAUUUUUAAUAAAGAAAAUUGUACCAUUUCUCAGU